AUGGAUCCGCCCAGCGCGGAAUGUGAGUUAGUGCCGUCCACAGUGGCGGAGGAUUCGCGGCACUCCUACUUCAUGAAGCAAGCCCUAUUGAUGGGUGAAAAAGCACUGCAGUCAGGCGAGACCCCGGUCGGAUGUGUUCUGGUCCACAACGACCGAAUCGUUGGAUCGGGUAUGAAUGACACGAACCGAUCCAUGAACGGGACCCGACAUGCCGAGUUUCUUGCGAUUGCGGAAUUACUUCAAACCUACCCCAGGUCCACUCUGCAGUCUACAGAUCUCUACGUGACCGUGGAGCCCUGUGUGAUGUGUGCCUCAGCCCUCAAGCAGUAUCGCAUCCGCAGCGUGUAUUACGGCUGUGCUAAUGACCGGUUCGGAGGUACCGGAGGCGUGCUGUCACUUCAUUCCGAUGUCUCCCUUGACCCGCCGUACCCCGUGUAUGGUGGGCUAUAUCAAAAGGAAGCCAUUAUGCUUCUCCGUCGUUUUUACAUCCAAGAGAAUGAGAAAGCGCCCAACCCGCGGCCGAAAAAGAAUCGCGAACUCAACACGAGAUUCGAGGACGAGGAAGUUCUCCCACCAAUUUCAUAG